CCCCGAGCUUACGGUGCCACCUGCACAUGCGCACAGGUGGGAACCAAUGCCAUGGACAGCCCCCUCCUCAAGUACAGCGCCAAGGACUACUUCUUCAAGGCGGCCCUCUGCCACUUCUGCAUCGACAUGCUCAAUGCCAAGCUCGCCGUCCAGAAGUAUGAGGAGCUGUUCCCUGCGUUCUCUGGCUCCCGGGAGUGCACGCUAAUGAAAAAAUUGUUAGAUGCCCACGAGGAGCAGAACAUUGACAGCUACACCGAAGCGGUGAAGGAGUACGACUCCAUCUCCCGGCUGGACCAGUGGCUCACCACCAUGCUGCUUCGCAUCAAGAAGACGAUCCAGGGUGACGAGGAAGACCUGCGCUAAGCACCCCCAGCCCCCUGGCACCCGUCCUCCUGCCCCGUCUUCUCUACCCCCGCGCCCCUCCAGCGCGUGAGCCCAGAGACGUGGGGCCGAGACCUUGGCUGCGAGACCUCCCCUCCCUUCCCGCAGAGGAGUCUCCCCAAGCCGCGGUGCGGGCUCAGCACUGCCGCGGGGCCCCCGAGGCUGGGCCUGCCGGCCGGACAGUCCCCCUCUGUUCUCACUGCACCCCCUCGCCUCCUGCCCGUUUAUUUAAUCCCCCCCCCCCCCCCCGAGGUGCCCUUCUCUACCCCAAACACAGAAUCUCUGACACAGACCUGUUUGCUGUGGGUGCCGCCAGGGGUGGGGGGGUCAGCAUCUGGUCCCCCGCCUCCUGACCAGCUGAGUCGCAAGACUGGCUUCAGUCUCUCCCACCUGUCCUCCAGCCGAGCCCUGAGCACACGUAGCCGCUGAGAUUUGCUCUCCCCGUGGGGGCGGGCUCCUUCCCCUCCGGUGCCGGGAACCCCCACGGCGUCCUGCAGCCCUGACCUCUCAGGAUAGACCGCAGGCCCUGGAGCUCAGAGGGCCGUCCCCACGCCCACCCUGACAUCUGCUCCUUCCCUAGUGCUUUGAGGUUUUGUGGUCGGAAGCUGCAGCUGGCCUGAGAAAGAAAAAUAAAAAAGAACACUUCGCAUGA